ACUUUGGAUGAUGAUAUUCGCACUCCGUAAUGAUAGGAUCUGUAAAGUUCUGAGCCUUCUUCACUCAAACAUCCAAGAGGCAACAGCUGGCUCAGAGCCUUGUUAAUGGAACAGAGGGCUUUUCACCUCUAGGUCACUGGCUCAGCUGUGACCCAGGCAGUAGAGAAUAAAAGACUUACAAUCUGACAGCUAUUCAGUGGCCUUUGGGGAAAAAGCUUGGCAUCUCAGUUCAGUUCCUAGUGUCAAUGUCACAAAAACUGCCAUCACGGUUGAUCCUCUCGUUGGCAGUCUCAUCAGAAAGGCUAGGGAUUAAAAGGCUCUUGGAGAUUAACAUUCUCUCUUGACAUUAUAGGUGCUCCUUCCUGGUCUGGGGUGUGACACACCCACAGGGGGGGUGAUAUAUUCAGAAGAUACUGAUCCAGGAAAGGACAUCAUCACAGACUGGUCGAAUCAGUGUCCCUCCUGCCCAUGGCACCGUGUCACUCCCAGACAUGCCAGUUUCAGUGAUGGGGCCUUCCAGGACUGGCGAGAAAAAUAGGAUGGUUUGCAGUCCCAGGCCCUGGAGUCUGCCCUCUGUGGGCCACUUUACCUGCCCUGUGAGGGGGUGUGAUGACCUGAACGGCCCAUGCUGGAGGCCUGUGCUCGGGACUUUGAGACAAGAGUGACACUCACCCUCUCUCCAAGGGGACACCAGACAGUCCUCCCGGUGUAUAUAACCUGGACAAAGGAGGAAGGAAUGGAGAGAAGGCAUCAAAAUCUAACGGGGUCCUAACAUUAAAAGUGAUGUAAAAAGCCAAAGGGGGAUGCAGGGAGGAAGGACAAGGACAACGGGCACCUAAAGCUAGUCCCGGAUUGAGGAGACAAAGACACCCUAAUGACUAAAUCUCAGGCGCACUAUGGACUUGACUAAAAUGGGUCUGAUACAGCUCCAGAACCCCAGCCACCCCACGGGGCUCCUGCAGAAAGCCAACCAAAUGCGCCUUGCAGGGACUCUGUGCGAUGUAGUCAUCAUGGUGGACAAUCAGGAGUUCCAUGCUCACAGGACAGUGUUGGCUUGCACUAGUAAAAUGUUUGAAAUCCUGUUCCACCGCAACAGUCAGCAUUAUACCCUGGACUUUCUUUCACCAAAGACUUUUCAGCAGAUACUGGAAUACGCUUACACGGCCACCCUCCAGGCUAAAGUUGAAGACUUGGAUGACCUUCUUUACGCAGCCGAGAUCCUAGAAAUAGAAUAUCUGGAAGAACAGUGUCUGAAGAUCCUGGAGACCAUUCAGGCUUCUGAUGAGAAUGACACAGAAGUCAACAUGACGGAUGGUGGCACUGAAGAGGAGGAGGAUAGGAAAUCGAGGUACAUCAAAAACCUAUUCAUCUCCAAGCAUUCCAGUGAAGAGAGUAGUUAUGCCAACAUGGCCAGUCAGAGUUUAACGGGGGCAAUGGUGGAACAGAGCCCAUCUGUCUCGACUUCGUUUGGACUCUCCGCGAUGAGCCCCACGAAGGCCGCCGUGGAUAGUUUGAUGACCAUUGGGCAGUCGUUAUUGCAAGGGGCUCUACAGCAGAACGCCUCCGAGGACUUGCACUCCGCGAGCAGCCGCCACCCCAGUCUCUCUGAAGUAAAAACAGAAGUGAUGCAAGUGGAGGAGGCGUCUAGCCAUGAAAGCCCAAGGACGGCAGAGUCCAGCACUUCUGGAGGGGACAAGUCGGAUGACAAAAGCAAGGAAGGCCCUGGUACUCCCACGCGUAGCAGUGUUAUCACAAGUGCCCGUGAACUUCAUUAUGCCCGGGAUGAGAAUGCAGAGCAGCCCCUCGAGUUGGGCCAAGGAGUGUCAGUCGGACCAGAGCACUCGAUUUCUCAAAGUGAGAAACACCUGAGUAUAUAUUCAGUGCUACCAAAUCACAAAACGGACUCGAUGCUCAGCAUGCCAUCCUCCAUGACAUCGGCUCUUCACAUGCAGCCAGCUCUUGCCGUGUCCAUGGACUUCAGCGCUUACGGGGGGCUUCUGCCUCAAGGCUUUAUUCAAAGGGAGCUGUUCAGUAAGCUGGGUGAAUUGGCAGCUGGCAUGAAAACUGAAAACCGAGCCAUCGGUGAACAGUGCAGUGUUUGUGGGGCAGAACUGCCGGACAACGAGACGGUGGAACAACACAGGAAGCUGCACAGUGGUAUGAAGACUUAUGGAUGUGAGUUGUGUGGGAAACGAUUCUUGGAUAGCUUGCGGCUCCGAAUGCACUUACUGGCUCACUCAGCGGGUGCCAAAGCGUUUGUCUGUGAUCAGUGUGGUGCACAGUUCUCUAAAGAAGAUGCCCUGGAGGCGCAUAGACAGACACACACCGGUACUGACAUGGCCGUCUUCUGCCUGCUGUGUGGGAAGCGGUUCCAGACGCAGACUGCCCUGCAGCAGCACAUGGAAGUGCAUGCGGGAGUGCGUAGCUACAUCUGCAGCGAGUGCAACCGCACCUUCCCCAGCCAUACCGCCCUCAAGCGGCACCUGCGCUCACAUACAGGUGACCACCCCUACGAGUGUGAAUUCUGUGGCAGCUGCUUCCGGGAUGAGAGCACGUUGAAAGGCCACAAGCGUAUCCACACUGGAGAGAAACCGUACGAGUGCAACGGCUGCGGCAAGAAAUUCAGCCUCAAGCACCAGCUGGAGACCCACUACAGGGUGCACACAGGUGAAAAGCCUUUUGAAUGCAAGCUGUGUCACCAGAGGUCCCGAGAUUACUCUGCCAUGAUCAAACAUCUCAGGACCCACAACGGCGCUUCCCCCUACCAGUGCACUAUCUGCCUGGAGUACUGCCCCAGCCUGUCUGCCAUGCAGAAACACAUGAAGGGCCACAAGCCAGAGGAGAUCCCCACUGACUGGAGGAUAGAGAAGACCUAUCUCUACCUUUGCUAUGUUUAAGGGACAUGGAGGGGGAAGAUUGAAGUCAUGAAGGACUGGGCAAAAAAAUGCAUCAUCCAUGGCCUUUUAUUCUGUUGUUGUUUACUAAAAGGGUUCUCCGUUUUUGUUUCUGGCUCGUGAGGUGUUUGUGUGGGGGAGGGGGAAUAAUUCCCUUUUUAAUUUGGGGGUUCUCUGUGCAGUCGAUGAGAAAAUGCAUCAGAAUCGAGCCAUAGCCAAAUAUCUGCUCGUGUUUUGUGACGAUGCCCGUCAAGGGCUUUGGAAAGAGCAGGUGAAAUGUCACUGUGGGGAGAGGAAGGGGCAGUCCCAGCGCAAGCUUUGGGGUCUGAGAUUUUGGGGUUUGAAUUUUUUGUCCUGUUUUUGCCACAUUUGUUUAAUUUACUCAGGCCUCAUGUACAUUUAAAAACGAGGGCAGCCUAGCUACAUUGCUUAGGGCUGUGAAAAAUUUUGCACCCUGAAUGUUGUCGUUAGGGUGACCUAGCCCCUGGUGUGGAUGUGGCUAGGCUGACCGAAUUCCUCCAUUGACCCGCCUGUCGGAGAGAUGGAUUAACUACGGCAGCAGAAAAACCCCUUCUGUGGCUGUAGCAGCUGUAAUGUCAGACCUGCCCUCAGUCACCAGCUUUAUUCAGCUGCCUCUUGUGCAACCUCACCAGUAGGUGGCAGUGUAACGCCUAUUGUUAAAAUCCCCCUCGGAGGAUUCCCCCCAAAUUAGAUUGAACAUCCCUGUUUUUGGGGUACCCAGAAAUACCAGGGCAGAUGAUGCGCAGCAUGACGGGCUGGAGGCUCUGGAGGUUAGUUAGUCGUGCUAAUAAUGUGGCAGGUCACAUUGCAGUCAAGAUUUCCCCAAGUAACUAGUGAUUUGGGCAGCCUUCGGUUUUUUGCUUGCCCGACUUGAGACACCCUGAAUUUCAGAACAUGCUGAUCAGCCUCAUUGGUGACUCCAGCCGGGCAGCUGGAAUCACUAGUCAGUCUGGCACAGCUUGGCGUAAGUAAAGGCACACCCGGAAUUUUCCUCAGGAGGGGGCGCAGGGAGACGACCCCUUCGGAGCCGGCAUCUGUCCCAGGUGGAGAAGAUGGUGGGCUAUAGUGCCCGUAGGCACAGCUUGGUGUAUGGCUUUCAGAGAGCAGAGCCAGCGACAGGCAAGUUUGUGGGGCUGCAGCCAGGAGAGGAAGUAGUGGGAUGUGCCAGGGCAGGGUGCAUCCCAGGCAGCAUGGGGCGGGAAGGUACCAUGCAGCCCCGUGGGCAUCCAGUGCCCCCAUUCCCCGUGAAAAGCCCUGGCAUCAAGGCUGCACACACACCCCCACUCGGGAAGUGCCAGGGUCUCCCCUCCCAGCCAGCAGCACCAGGACUCUGGCCGGGGUUCCCCCAUUGGGCACCCCACCCAUUACUUACUGGGUGCGUGGCAAGUCCCUGGCUGCAGGGCCACCCUGCACUGCUAUCUGGAGCAUGAGUGGCCAUAGCCGGGUCUCUGCUCAGAGCCAGCCAAGGGAAAGCUGUCCCCCUGGCCCAUGUUGUGCUGCUUGGGCAUAAGCAAAAUAAACCUGAACUUUGCUACAGUUUCCCCCCGCCCCCGCUCCCGCCCCGGGCUGCUGUGUUUCAGAUGGCAGAUAGUUUCCUGAAAACGUUUUCAAUUUAUUAAUAAAAUCUGAAAACAAAAACCGGUUUUGGAGAAAAUUAAUUUGAAUACAAAUGCAAUUUGAAGGAAGAUAGUAAUUAUCCUGCUGCAUAGGACAGGUAGGGUGACUUCUCAACCUAGUAUGGAGCAUGCCUUCAGAGUGCCCCCUCAGUCAGACUCCUCAGCUAGCAAAGUUCUUGUUACGUUCCCACUUGGAACGAUCAGGAAGUGACAGCUGUUGAGCCUCUCAUUCAUGCACAGAAAGUUGCCCUGGAUAUUUUGAUCAAUGUCACUACUCCUCUUAUGGCCAAGUCCGUUGGUGCUGGUGUCUGUCCCACUGUAAUAGAAGCUACUUGGGUAUUUUGGGCCAAAGCCAGUCUGUUCAAGAGCUUAGAACUUGGCUGCAAAAAUUGCCUCUAGGCUGCAACCCUCUCUCCUGACCAAAGACCUUUCUAUGCAUUUUUUUAUUUUAUUUUAUUUUUAGGGGAGGGAAUUAGAACCAGAUGGAAAGGGCAAAAACUUCCAGCCUGUUUGUCAAAUCCCAGCGGUUGGACAAGUGUGUCUUCAGAUGAGGGAGUCACAGUUCAAGAUGCUCUUAAACUGCCCUCUGGUGCCUGGGCAUUGCCAGGGGUCUGAAGGAAUGAUGGGUGAGCUCGUAUUCCCUUCUCCUGCAAACACAUGCAAUAUAUCCCCCUGGCUUGCAAUGUGUUACAGUGACUCCGGCUGGCUAAAUGCUAACCUGUCCGUUUGACCUAAAUUUGUCAGAGAUUUGAGGAUUGGGGAGUAAUUCACAAGUUCAGGUGAUGGAUUUUGUAUGUAUCAUGCUGCUCAGUAGCUUACUUUUGUGUCUCCGCUUAUGCCAUGCCUUGCAAUUCAACAGCGCUCUUCUUUUUUAAAGUAAGAGUCCUUCAGAAACCAUCCCGUCUGGCUGCAAGAGCCUUGCUCUGAAUGGGGAGAUGCAUUUGUUUUUGGUUUUGUUUUCCAUGUUUCAUAACAGAAACAUACCAGUUAUUUUUUUUUUGCUCAGCCCUCUGUCCAGGAAACUAUGAAGGAGUGAAUGGUAAAAGACGGCUUUUCUUUGUGUUUGGCUUUGGGGGUUUUCGUUUUUGUUUUAAUUUUGAAUAUUUCUGUUUAGCACAUUUUACUUGAAAUUACCUCGGUUUUUUGUGACCUCAUGAGCUUUUAUUGUUGAGUUGGAGGUUUUUGUUUUGUUAAAUGGAUAGGUUGUUUAAAAGGCCAUGCCGCAGAUCGGUGACAUGUGAUGUAAGAAUCGCAUGCUCGGUGAGAGUGCAAAAGUGCCACGACAGCCGCAAAAGUAAUUUUACGGUGGUUUUUGUGCAUUAUCAUUACCAAAAUUGGUAUUUUUUUAACGGCCUGCCUUGACAGAGCUGGGGUCGUUGAUUCUGAAAGCUACCUCUUAUGUUUGGUUUUUGUUUUUAUUUUGCAGUUAUGAAAGCACAUUUUGCAAUAUUUGUGUUCGCUUUGUGAUGUCAUUUCAAUUUUCAUCUCAUGCUUUACUUGCAAUUGUAUAUUAUUUUGUAACUUAGCUGCAUUUAUAUUAAACAAAAAAAAAGUUAGGGAAGCGUUUUGUAGAUGGAAGUAAAGGGAAAAAAGAGGGGUGUUAUACUGCUGUGCCCACCCUACCCCCAACCUUGUCUCAACUGUCGGGAAAAAUUUGAAGGCCUUAAAAAUGGGGGGAAUAACUUCAUGUGACAGUGGAGCAGGGUAACUUACCGUUUAGUGAAGAUUUAGUGCUUUGAAAAGGAAAGAGUUAAACUUGAAUAUGUGAAUAGAACAGUAGAGUCUUGUUUAUAAUGUGAAAAAUGUGAGUAUAAAAUCACUUAGGGCAGAACUUGGAUAAAUAAAUAUGCACUAACGCAUCAACUUUGCGUUAGCCAGCGAUGGCCAUGAGAUAAUCUCCGUCUCAAAACUAAACCUGAUGUCAAAAAUGUUUAAGGUAUUCCACAAAAUGAAUCCAUUCUUCACAUCCACCCCGUCCCCCAUUCACCAAGCUGAAAGGGUUGAACUGAUAUUUACAAAGUGUAAUAUUUUUGUAAUAUUUGUUAGUCCCUGUGUCAGUUUCCACAGGACCUUGCCCCUCCUUUUGUAAUGUGAACAGGAAUUGUGUGUGUGUGUGCGUAUGCGUGUGUGUGUGUGUGUAUGCUUUUUGUGCGUGUGGUUGUGUAUUAAAUCAUGCAGUAUUGUUGUAUUCCAGCGUUGCAGCCUUGGAUGGUACUAAAUCAAAAUAUUGCAACUUCAAAAUCACAUGCAGGAAACGUAUGCAAACGUGCAUGUCAAAUGCAGAUUUCCUACAUCUGCUAACAGAGGCUUGAGGUAGAGAGGGGAACAGGCAGUACUGUAGGUAUUGGUGACUUAACAAUAAUUUCUUUUUAUUGUUUGGAGUUACAUUACUCCUCAACAACCAUCAUUUGUAUUUACUGUUAACUGCAGAGAAGCAGAUUCUUCCUCAACCCGCCAAUCUAAAAAAUAUUAUUUGCUGUUGAAUGUUAAGAGGCUAUGUGAAGGCAGUUCGGAUGCGUCAGGGGCAGAGCACCAACAUAUACAGAAGUAGACAGGGUGACAGACUUCACAUGGAGCUCAGGCAAACACGAACAGGUCUGGAAUUUAGGAUGAAUCUAGCUGCAUUCUCCUCCCUUCCAUUAGAGAGCACAAUCUUACGAGGCGGGCAGGGGGAACAGGGGAAUAUAUUGUGUGCAGUUUUAUCUUCAGAGCAGCAUCACUUCUUUGCUCUGUUGGCCAGGUCAGUAAUUUCCAUUUUAGAUAGUCAGUUACCAUUUUGAGCACGACUUAUCGCAGUAUAUAGUACUCUUUGUGAAUUAGAAUUGCAACUGCCUUAAACAGUUCUUUCAAAACUUCUCCAGAUGCAAAGCAGAAAGCUAGCUAUAUGUGCACACCUUACUCUGUUCAUAUCAUCCAUUUUGAACUUAUACCUGGCUGUGUCUGGUGGUGUUUUGGGAAUAAAAGUAGUGUUGUGUCUCAAUUCACACCAUUAAGAUCCUUUUUAUGCAUUAUAUAUACAAUACAUAUAUAUUAAAGCAUACACGUAUGUGUGCGCGCGCGCACACACACAGGAUUGAUAAUAUCUUUGCUGCUUUGUGUUGGGAAUGGGAAGCAGAACAGAUGCUGAUUUAGUACAAUCCAGGAUGUAACUCUGGAGAAUGGCUUGUUUAAUCUUUGUGCCUGAGAACAGUUUUUUCACAUUUAAAAGAAAAAAAAAUUGCUGCGAUUUCUCACAAGUAUAUGGUACCUUUUUGCAGUAAAUUGGUACUGCUGGCUGGAGGGAUGUCAUGGUACAAUGGAACAAACAACUAAUUUUCCAACACAAUUUAUUUUCCAUUGGAAGAUCCUUCUCCUCCCCCCCCACCCAGGUUUUGGCUGCACCACCUGGCACUGUGCAAACUGAAGUUUGUUUCCUACCGGACCCAAAAAUUUCAAAAUCAGGUCACUGGGGUGUUUUAAAUUUAAAGACAAGACCUUUUGUUGAGUGCAAACUCAUCAGACAAGAUGAGAACACUUGAUUACUUUUCACUCCACUUACAUCUCAUUGGUCUCCUCUUGUCCCUCCGCCCCCCUCCAUCCCCCUCAUUGGGACAGCUGCUUCUGUGGGUGUCAUUCCAAGACUGCUUUAACCCAUAGGACAGAAAAGAGGGUUGACAAAAAAGCGGCAAAUUCAACUCCAACAUACAGCUUUGAAAUAUCAUUCAAAUGCAUAUGGCUGAUGAGAAGUCUCUGGUCCCAUGACAUCCUUCCGCACUGAGUACCAACUUUUGGUGUGCAUCAUAGUAUUUGUUUCACAUAGUGUUAUGUAUGCAUGAUCUUUUAAGGCUAAGAAGCCAUGGUAAAGCUCCAUGACAUCUAUCCAUAUAUAUAUAAUUAUAUAUAUGUAUAUUAUAGCACUGAGGACCAACUGCCCUGCUGGACCAAGCAAACGAAGGCUUGUUUUCAUUGCUUGUCUUUUAUGUCGUGACAGCACAAGUGCCAGUCUGAUCGCUCUGUAUUAAAAAUAGUGUUUUUAAUUAAUUGAUGUUAUAGUUCUGUCUACCUCAGCACCUCCUGUUAGCCUAAUUUUAGAAGGUGCCCAAUUUUCGUUUGUUUUUUUUCAGAUUAUUGGUUACUAUUUUUUGUACAAAUCUUCUGUUUGUUUUCUCGUUCUGUUCAUUUCUUUUGCAGCACUGCUUGCGAGUCCGUUCUCUAGCCACAGAUGCAGUUAGCUAAAAAUUUAAAAAGGAAAAAAAAAAUUCCCAAAUUGUGAUGUCUCCUAGUUGCAGCUCUCCGCAUCUGCCUUCGUUCUGUGUAGAUUCAGAUGCAUUUCUUUGUAAAACUUCAGUGUUUCUGACAGAGGAAAAGAAAAAAAGAAAAAAAAAGAAUUUACUGCUGCAGGUUUUUUUUCUCUCCAUGUGUCACUAAGUGAAGUUCGUGCCUUCUAUAGCAAAGAGAAUAUUUUUUACAUCCUACUAACAGUAGAUUUUUUUGUAGUGAACAUUUUUUGUAUUUUUAUUUAUAAGUCUCAUAAGAAAAAUAGCAAUGUUCAGUUGUAUACCUUGAAUCUGCAGUUAGAAAAAAAAUAAUAAAGUUAAUUCAGUCGUC